AUGAGAGGUUUAAGUUUAAGAAGACUUACAUUUAUGGUUUCCAUUGCCUUCAUUGUUUGGUGCUCCAGCAUUGAUACUUGCAGUGCCAGGAGAGGAAUGCAUUGGAGGCAAAGCAGAAGUGCUUCAACUUCUCUGUACAAGAAGAAAGGAAAGCAUCAAGACAGUAGUCAGCAUCACAGCAAUGGUAGUAAAUCAAAACCAAAAGCUCCACCACCAAAUGCACCAUCACCUCCACCUCCUAAACCCAAAGAAGAAAUCCCACCAACCCCACCAAAUAAUGGUUACAACCAUGGUCCUUCAACUACCUUUGACGUGUUAGAUUUUGGUGCAAAGGGGGAUGGAAUUACCGAUGAUACCAAGGCAUUCCAGGAUGCAUGGGCAGCUGCUUGUAAGGUCGAGGCAUCAACGGUCAUCGUUCCAUCAGAUUUCGAGUUCCUUGUGGGACCCAUUUCAUUCUCUGGUCCUUACUGCCAACGAAAUAUUGUUUUUCAGCUUGACGGCACCAUAAUUGCUCCAACAAACUCCAAAGCUUGGGGUUCAGGGACAUUACAAUGGCUUCAAUUUACAAAACUGGUAGGGAUCACAAUUCAAGGAAAAGGCAUCGUUGAUGGAAGAGGCUCAGCUUGGUGGCAAGAUUCCCCACUUGAUGAUCCUAUAGAUGACGAAGCAAAACUACUUACCAAGUUGGAACAAAAUCCACCGACUCCGAUAAGCACUUCAUUGGCUGGAAAAAUGCCAAGCAUCAAGCCAACUGCACUAAGGUUUUACGGGAGUCUUAACGUGACAGUCACGGGCAUAAAAAUCCAAAACAGUCAACAAUGCCAUCUCAAGUUUGACAACUGCAUAGGAGUUUCGGUUUACGAUAUGAGUAUCUCAUCUCCUGGAGAUAGCCCCAAUACAGAUGGAAUCCACUUACAGAACUCCAAGGAUGUGCUUAUCCACAGUACAAACCUUGCUUGCGGAGAUGACUGUGUUUCUAUACAAACUGGAUGCACAAAUGUAUACAUCCGCAAUGUGAAUUGUGGACCAGGACAUGGAAUCAGCAUUGGAGGGCUUGGAAAAGAUAACACCAAAGCUUGUGUCUCGAACAUCACUGUUCGAGACGUCAUGAUGCAAAACACAAUGAAUGGAGUCAGGAUAAAAACAUGGCAGGGUGGCUCAGGAUCAGUGCAAGGAGUACUGUUCUCGAACAUACAAGUUUCUGAAGUCCAAUUUCCAAUUGUAAUUGAUCAAUUCUAUUGCGACAAAAGCAAAUGCAAGAACCAAACAUCUGCCGUGGCUCUAUUAGGAAUCAACUAUGAGAAGAUAAGAGGAACGUACACAGUAAAACCUGUGCACUUUGCAUGUAGUGACAGCAUGCCAUGUUCGGAGACUUUUGGAGAGCUGUACACCCCCACAGUCCCUCCCAUUGAUUGUUUACAAGUUGGCAAGCCGUCAAAUAACUGGAUUCAGGCUGUACAUGAUUCAUGUUCAGCAUAG